GGGGCUGCGAGCAGGCCGGGGGCGGCGGGGAGGGGACGCAUCCCGCGGGUGCGCGGAGCGAGGACGGUGACAGCCACGCGCGCACGUGCGCGUCCGGCUGCAGCACCGCCCCAAGACCUCUGUUCGCCGCUGAGAGGCGCGCGGGGUCUGAGCCGCAGCCGUCUAGGGGCUCCGUUCCGGGCGUCCCCAGCGUCCCCGGCUCGAGUCCCGGAGCGCCGUUCCGUGCCUGCCCCGUCUGUCCCGGUUCGGGUUUCUCCCCCGCGCGGCUGUCAGAGCCCGCUCCCCAAUUCCCCUUUCCGUUCCCGGGGUAGGGUCCUCACGGCCCAUGCUGGCCGCUGGGGGCCCUCGCCACUCAGACAGCUCCCGGGCCGGCCGGCCGGCCACCAUGGUGGCCCUGAGGCCUGUGCGGCUCCUCCAGGGAGGUUAAGAGGCCCAGAGCGCAGGCAUCGGGGCGCGAGGGUCCCGGGCCUGAGCCCCGCGCCAUGGCCGGAGCCAUCGCUUCCCGUAUGAGCUUCAGCUCGCUCAAGAGGAAGCAGCCCAAGACGUUCACCGUACGGAUCGUCACCAUGGACGCCGAGAUGGAGUUCAAUUGCGAGAUGAAGUGGAAAGGGAAAGACCUGUUCGAUUUGGUGUGCCGGACCCUGGGGCUGCGGGAGACCUGGUUCUUCGGACUGCAGUACACAAUCAAGGACACGGUGGCCUGGCUCAAAAUGGACAAGAAGGUGCUGGAUCAUGAUGUUUCAAAAGAAGAGCCAGUCACCUUUCACUUCCUGGCCAAAUUUUAUCCUGAGAAUGCCGAGGAGGAGCUGGUUCAAGAGAUCACGCAACAUUUAUUCUUCUUGCAGGUAAAGAAGCAGAUUUUAGAUGAGAAGAUCUACUGCCCUCCUGAGGCUUCUGUGCUCCUGGCUUCUUAUGCUGUCCAGGCCAAGUAUGGUGACUACGACCCCUCUGUUCAUAAGCGGGGAUUUUUGGCCCAAGAGGAAUUGCUUCCAAAAAGGGUAAUAAAUCUAUACCAAAUGACUCCAGAAAUGUGGGAGGAGAGAAUUACAGCCUGUUACGCAGAACACCGAGGCCGAGCCAGGGAUGAAGCUGAAAUGGAGUAUCUGAAGAUAGCUCAGGACCUGGAGAUGUACGGUGUGAACUACUUUGCAAUCCGGAAUAAAAAGGGCACAGAGUUACUGCUUGGAGUGGAUGCUCUGGGGCUUCACAUCUAUGACCUCGAUAACAAGCUGACCCCCAAGAUCUCCUUCCCAUGGAAUGAAAUCAGAAACAUCUCCUACAGCGACAAGGAGUUUACUAUUAAACCGUUAGAUAAGAAAAUUGAUGUCUUCAAAUUUAACUCCUCAAAACUUCGGGUUAAUAAGCUGAUUCUGCAGCUGUGCAUCGGGAACCAUGACCUUUUUAUGAGGAGAAGGAAGGCCGAUUCUCUGGAGGUUCAGCAGAUGAAAGCCCAGGCCAGGGAGGAGAAGGCUAGAAAGCAGAUGGAGCGGCAGCGCCUGGCUCGGGAGAAGCAGAUGAGGGAGGAGGCCGAACGCACAAGGGACGAGCUGGAGAGGAGGCUGCUGCAGAUGAAAGAGGAGGCGACCAUGGCCAACGAAGCCCUGAUGCGGUCUGAGGAGACGGCUGACCUGUUGGCAGAAAAGGCCCAAAUUACUGAGGAGGAGGCAAAACUCCUGGCGCAGAAGGCUGCCGAGGCCGAACAGGAAAUGCAGCGCAUCAAGGCCACAGCCAUCCGGACAGAGGAAGAGAAGCGCCUGAUGGAGCAGAAGGUGCUGGAGGCCGAGGUGCUGGCCCUGAAGAUGGCUGAGGAGUCAGAGAGGAGGGCCAAGGAGGCUGAUCAGCUAAAGCAGGACCUGCAGGAAGCCCGGGAGGCAGAGCGCAGAGCCAAGCAGAAGCUCCUGGAAAUCACCACCAAGCCCACAUACCCGCCCAUGAACCCAAUUCCAGCACCACCGCCUCCUGACAUACCAAGUUUCAACCUCAUUGGUGACAGCCUGUCUUUCGACUUCAAGGAUACUGACAUGAAGCGGCUUUCCAUGGAGAUAGAGAAAGAAAAAGUGGAGUACAUGGAGAAGAGCAAGCACCUGCAGGAGCAGCUCAACGAGCUCAAGACGGAGAUCGAGGCCCUGAAGCUCAAAGAGAGGGAGACGGCCUUGGACGCCCUACACGAGAGCUCUGAGCGGGGUGGCGCCGGCAGCAAGCACAGCACCAUGAGAAAGCCUCAAGCCCAAGGCAGAAGACCUAUCUGCAUUUGAGCCCUCAAACUCACCCUGCAGAGCGCCAAGUCCCGAGUGGCCUUCUUUGAAGAGCUGUAGCAGGUGCCCGGCCACCCCAGCAUCUGCCACUUCUCCCUGCACCGGUGGGAUGGGUCAGGCACCGUGGGAGUCACCUGUAGGUGGGCUGGCCGGGAGCUUCUGGAGGAGCUCUGGAACUUUCCCCAGCUGGGUGGAGAGAGCCCAAGCCCCUGUAUGUGCAAUUGCCUUGAACUGUGACCUGCAGAGAUUCUUCUCAGGGCAUUCUAGUUCUCCUGACCUGAGUCUCUAAGGUUUCUAAGAAGUAUUUGUCUUUCCUCAUCUAAUGUGGGAUCCCAUAUUUCCUUCAUCAUAGGCACCCUGGGGGGAGUGUCUUACUGUCCAGUGCUGACCUCCCCGGCCCAGGCUGGGAAGUGGUCAUAGGGAGUGAAGUGCACAGGCCCUUUGGAGACAGGCCGGUGCUACACCCCCUCCACCCUGCCCAGGGUUCCAGAACAUUCAUCCCCCUCUCCUGGGCCAGCGUAGUCUGCUGCCAGCCUGUCUGCUGCAUGGCAUCAGUGAGCUUGCCCACAGCUCAUGGCGAGCCAAGUAAUGGGGCCUCAGCCCAGGCCCUCCCUGAGACAGGGCUCUGCCUGCCAGCUGGUGGGGCCUGGGAGAGGCCCUGCCAGUGGGACAAGGCCUGGGGCAGAGCCCGUGAUAAAGGGCUGGCUGCCAGCAGCGGGGCCGGGAGGCCAGCAGGGCCGCGCAGGAACUUGCACCGCACAGACCACUGGCUGCCCUCCUCCUGCCACCCCAGACGGGGGCCCAGGACCAGUGGGGCCGGGUGUACCCCCAUUCCCCCCACCUCAGCCUUAGCAUCUCCUGCCUGUGGCAGGCUGGGGCCCUCCCUGGUCACGCUCUAGUCAGUACCUGGUAGCCCAGCCGUGACCAGUGGCUCUGUCGGGCUUGGGGCCCCAGUGUGCAUUGCUGGCCUGAGCACCUGCCUCACAGCCACAGGCAGCCUUUCCUAAUCCAUUAUUGUACCUGGGCCUCCUUUGGCUGUUGCCCUCGUCCCCCACAGGGCCACAUGGGGUCCCUUUGUGCCCCUCCCAGCACAAGCCAAGUGUCCACUCACAGUGUGUGCACGGGUCCCCACCACGCCUCCUUGCAGUGGUAGGUCGCAGAAUUCCCCCCACGGCCCACACACGCCCCUCAGCUCAGGGCCACUUUCUCACCUUUUCUCCAUGGCUCACUGGUGCCGCUGUGAUCCACUGGGCUAUUCACAUGCUUCCAAUAGGCUGUGAUGCAGAGCAGGUGAUAACUCUUGACCAGUGAAAAGGUGCUAAUUAAUUGAAGACACGUGAGGGCCUGGAGAUUUCCCAAGAGCUGUGCGGGUCUCUGGAGAUCUUAUGUGGUCUUGAGAAACAGCUCAUGGGGCACCUGCCGUUUUUCUGCAGUCAGGCUGACCUAAUGGUGUCCUGGGCUGGCUUCCGCAUUCCUGGGCCACUGUGCCCUAAGGUCAGGCCUGUGUGACACCCCAGCCCCGGAGGGCAUGACGGUGGACUCUGCAUCUGGACACUAAGCAUGGAUGGCUGUGGCUGAAAGCAUUUCCCCGUGUGUGUCUGGCCCUCAAAGGCCUCUUCCCUGAGACACCGUCCCAGCAGGGGUCAGGGGUCAGGCACUGACAGAGGAUCUGGCUCUUGUUUGAGGGCCUGUCUCCUUGGGCUUACUACCUGUCCUUGAAUUUCCACGAGUUGCUUUCCUCCUGAUCUUUACAUUUCACCUGUGACAGUGGCCAUGGGCAUAGGAGCAUAGAGGUGGUUUAUAAAACCAUCCACAGGCUUUGGUUUUUUUGGGUUUUUUAAAUCUUUUUUUUAAUUUAACUCCUGUGUGUAUGUCUGAAGUCUGGGAAAUGCAAGCUGUGUGACCACAGGUGAGCCGUGGCGUGGAGCAGCCUCGGGCCGGGGAGCAGACUGAGGGCUGGCGGAGUCUCGCUCGGCCAGGAGCACUUCACCCCCCUUGGAGGCAGGAGCUGGCAGGCGUCUCCCAAAGAUGGGCAGGUGGGGAGGAUGGUGGCCCUCAGGAAGGUCUGGAGUCCUGGUGGAAGGAGAACGAGUGAGAGAGGAAAUUGUUUUUCAGAGAUGUGUGCCUGUGGCUGAAGGGGGCUGUGUUCUUUUUAAGUGAACAUUUUUAGGGCAUGGGAGCUUGUCAAGUAAGACCUCUGAACUCGCUUGCGAGCAGGGCCCUGGCCGUGAUCACUUCAUCACAAGGGCCUCUGACGGUUCUGGGCAGAAGCACCGCUCAGUCACUGCCCCGCUCGCGACGCUCCGCGAGGCUGUGCUGCCGGCCCUCAGCUGUCCCGCACAGACCCCAUUCGUCCCGACUGAGGCCCCACCGCGGCCGCUGUACUCUGGUGUCCACUCGCUCACACACCCUCCAGGCCCUUCUGGACACACUCUGUGGCCUUACGUGACACUUCCUGACUGACCGGGUUUUGUAAUCUUGGGGACAGGUUUCUCUCUCUCCCUCUCUUUUCUCUUUUAAAUCAAAACGGCAAGUCCAGAGGCUGACAACCAGCAAGGCAGGGCUGGAGGGGGCGGCGUUGGCAGGCAGACAGCCUCUCCCAGCUGCCCUGGGGCCACGUGGGCCCCUCGUGGGCGUCCAGGGCAGCUCCUUCCAUUUUCAAAUACGCCAAACCGCACUUCUUCCUGAGGGCCUGAGUUUACCUCCUGUCAGGGCCAGACCAUGGAAGGCUAUUUUCUAUUCUGGUGGAUUGUUGUAAUUUAAAUGAUUGUUUUAAUAAAAAUUAUAAGCUGUAA